AUGGAGUCCCUACUAGAUCCCGGUAUAUGUCGCAUACCGAAACCGCUGAAAAAGUCUCUUUUCGCCAACGGCUCCCUGCCUCACAUUCCUCCAGAGGUUCAAAGUGAAUGCCUUUCACACAUUCUCACACUGGUUGAGAGGACUCUCUUCACGUGGGCCGAUUGGUCUGUUAGCUUGCCGCCUUCUCAACUUACUCCCAGUCUCAACAACCGAAACGAGGCCCCCGAUGUUGGUGAUCUGUUCGUGCACCAAGACUUUGAAGAGUAUCAAGUUCUUGCGAAGGACGAGCAACAUAAAAGUCGUCGUCUAAAUCCCGGGCAGUUGCUGCAACUGCGCAAUUACGGUAGAUUCGAUGUGGAGAGUCGGGACUUUCCUGGCCAUCAACACAGUUGGCAUAUCUGCAGUGGCCUGCAGAAGGGCAGAGUUCGAGUUCUAGCCACUCUUAGAAGCGAUUUGCGCAAGGCACUAGAAUACCUGGUAAUUGGAACAAAAAAUCGUUUUACGGGCGAAUUCUUCAGCGCAAAAGUGGCCAUAUUUGCAUCUACGGAUUUUCUUCAAAUGCUUCUGGAUAAAAUGCGUAAAAACGUUUGUGGACGCAUAGACGAGGACCCUUUAAAUAAGCAUUCGGUGCACUACUCCGUAGUGCACAUCUACUAUGUGUAUAUCCAACACCUAAAAGAGGGAUAA